UUGCUGAAAGAUGAACGAAAACAAUCUGAGUCCGUGUUAUAAUGAGAACACUCGCACCCUAAAGAGAACAACCCUUGAAAAGGAAGUCUUGAGACUUUAACACAGUCUGUGUUUAACCGUCUGUCAUCAUUCAGUCAGUAUGGAGCUCAGUCAACUUCCUCUUGUGUUCUUGCUGAUUUCAAAUAUCUACUCUGAACAAACUCAAGAAAGACUGAAACCCAAAGUGAUCAUUAAACCUGAUCAACAUGUGUUCAGAGGAGAAACAGUCACUCUCAGAUGUGACAUAUAUGAUGAAGGAGUCACUGGCUGGAGAUACAGCUGGUAUAAAGAAGGUUUAGACAGAGUUUUCAGUGAAGGACAGGAACUCACAUUCAGUUCUGUUACUGAGUCUGACUCAGGUGAAUACUCCUGUGAUAGAUUUAAUGGAUCAAAACCGUCUCCCCGCAGUGAUGAAGUUACUCUGACAGUAUCAGAUCCCAAAUCAGUUUUAAGUGUUUCUCCACAGAAGUGGUUGACUGAAGGAGAUCCAGUGACUCUGAUCUGUGAGGUUCACAACUUCUCUACAGGCUGGACGUUCAGCUGGUUCACUUUAACUGAAUCACCAGGUGGUUAUCAUCUGCUCUCAGACAGCAGCAGAGGAGCAGGAGGAAGAUACAGGAUCAGUUCUGCUGCUGUAGAUCACACAGGAGUUUAUGUGUGCAGAGCAGAGAGAGAGAAAUCAUCUUAUAAAACACAGUACAGCAACAAACAGCUGCUGUGGGUCACCGGUGUUUCUGCUCCAGUCUCUCUGAGGGUCAGUCCCAGCAGAACUCAACACUUCAGAUCUGACUCUCUCUCUCUGAGCUGUGAAGACCAGAGUAACUCUACUGUAUGGAGAGUGAAAAGAUACACAGACAGUGAUCUGGAAGAUUGUUCAUCAAUACCUCGAGGAUCACACACAGGAUCUACAUGUACAAUCAGUUACGUCUUUACAUCACUCACUGGAGUGUACUGGUGUGAGUCUGAAUCUGGAGAGAAACAUCAUCCUGUUAAUAUCACUGUACACUCUGAAGUGAUUCUGGAGAGUCCUGUUCAUCCUGUGACUGAAGGAGAUAGUCUGACUCUACACUGUUUAUAUCAAUACACAACUCCAUCAAACCUCAGAGCUGAUUUCUAUAAAGAUGGAUCACUCAUCCAGAAUCAAACUACAGAGAUGAUCAUCUCUCCUGUCUCAAAGUCACACGAGGGUUUCUACUCCUGCAAACACCCAGAGAGAGGAGAGUCACCCAAGAGCUGGAUCUCAGUCUCAGGGUUUCAUUCAGAAUCUCAGAUCUCUGUUCUCUGUAUAUUCAGUUCUGUACUGGCAGCUUGUCCAUAUCUGCUGGUGACCGUCGUGCUGAUUUUCAAAUGUUGCAGAAUGAGAGGUUAAUCAUGACUGAUUUAUUAUUUAAUGCAUUUUCUUUGCUCACUGGGCUUAUUGUGAAGUGUGAGUGUUCAUUUUGGUAUCUGUCUUUUGGAAAAAGACAUGUUUGUCAAACAACUUUUCACUUUUCAGAAAAGCCAAAAAUAUAGAAAGAAAAAACAACAUAUAAAAUGUAAAUGCUGAGAAGAUUGCUCCUAUAUGUAUUUCUCAGACAGGGUUGGGUAUGAGCACAGCAUUCGAUAACAUCCACGUGCUUUUAAAAGGGUUAAAGAUUUAAAGGUAAUGAGAAAAUUAAUCAUUAAAUUAAAUAAAUAUUCUGAUAUAAUAUCUCAUGCGUUUGUGUAGUGGGAAUUUUCCCUCCAGUGUAGGUGUCACCAAGCCAGCAGAGGGAGCCCUUACCUCCGGAUGAUCCGUGUUCACUCGCUCUGCUGCUACUUCCUGUUGUGGGACUAUAAAUACUGUAGCAGGCCCCUCACCUGCAGGUUGUAUUGUUUGAUUGUUGGUUGGUUUGGUUCUAGUUUUCCUAGCGUUUCCCUUGUCAUAGAUUCUUUGGAUUUGACCCUGCCUGUCUUUUAAUACUUUGAUUGUUUGCUGCCUGACUCGACCUCUGCCUGUUUUUGGAUUCUGUUGUUUGCUGUGAUUUGACGCCUGCCUCCUUUGACCAUGCCUUUG